GGCGGCGUCCCAGCUCAGAGAAAGUAUUGCUCACCCAGAGCCACUUCGGGGCCAGAGUGAAGCAACUGGAAAAGUGGACGCAGGCAGAGAAGGGAGCAGGAUGCCCAGACCGCAGCGGCUGCCCGCUGGGCUCGGGCCACUCCUUUGGCUGGGGCUGCUGCUGCUGCUGGGCCCCGGGCCUGUCCCCAGCGUCGAGGCGAGGAGGUCCAGGGCCUCGAUGCCCUGUCCCGCAACCUGCGAGCCGACGCGCUGCCCGCCGCUGCCCACCUGCUCCUCGGGGAUCACGCCGGUGCUCGACCGCUGCCGCUGCUGCCGCAUCUGCGCCGCGGCCGAGGGCGAAGCGUGCGGCGGGCUGCGGGGCCGGCCGUGCGCCCUGGGGCUGCAGUGCCGCGCCGAGCGCGUCGGCGGCGCCUGGCACGGCACCUGCGGCUGCCCGGCGGUGGGGGCGGCCGUGUGCGGCAGCGACGGGCGCACCUACCCGAGCCUGUGCGCGCUCCGUGCCGAGAACCGCGCCGCGCGCCUCCGGGGCGCACUGCCGGCGGUGCCCGUGCAGAAAGGGAGCUGCGGGGACCCAGGGACCGGAAGCGCAGGCCGGCUCCGGAGCAAGUACAACUUCAUCGCCGCGGUGGUGGAGAAGGUGGCGCCGGCUGUGGUUCACUUGCAGCUGUUCCGCAGGUCCCCUCUGAGCAGCAAGGACAUUCCCGCGUCCAGUGGCUCCGGGUUCAUAGUGUCAGAGGACGGACUCAUUGUCACCAACGCUCACGUGCUCACUAACCAGCAGCGCAUCCAGGUGGAACUCCAGAGUGGGGUCCAGUAUGAGGCCACUGUCAAGGACAUUGACCACAAAUUGGAUCUUGCCCUGAUUAAGAUUGAGCCAAAUACUGACCUUCCUGUACUGCUGCUGGGAAGAUCAUCUGACCUUCGGGCUGGAGAGUUCGUGGUGGCCUUGGGCAGCCCGUUUUCUCUGCAGGACACAGUGACUGCGGGAAUUGUCAGCACGACACAGCGAGAGGGCAAAGAGCUAGGGCUGAAGGAUUCGGACAUGGACUAUAUCCAGACCGAUGCCAUCAUUAACCACGGGAAUUCUGGUGGGCCUCUGGUGAACUUGGAUGGGGAUGUGAUCGGCAUAAACACGCUGAAGGUGACCGCAGGCAUCUCCUUUGCAAUCCCCUCAGAUCGCAUCCGACAGUUCUUGGCCGACUACCACGAGCGCCAGUUGAAAGGAAAGUCUCUUUUACAGAAGAAAUACCUGGGUCUGAGGAUGCUGCCCCUCACUAUGAACCUUCUUCAGGAAAUGAAACGGCAAGAUCCAGAUUUCCCUGAUGUGAGCUCCGGGGUUCUAGUAUACGAAGUGAUUCAAGGAACAGCUGCUGAGAGCUCUGGGUUAAGAGACCACGAUGUGAUUGUCAGCAUAAAUGGGCAACCUGUUACUACCACCACUGAUGUCAUCGAGGCUGUUAAGGACAAUGAUUCCCUUUCCGUCAUUGUUCGUCGAGGACGUGAAACCUUGUUGCUGACGGUCACACCUGAAAUAAUCAAUUAAGUUUCUUGCUUUAAAGAGAGCUUAUCUCACAAAACCAAAGUUAUAUUAUCUGGUUUGUAUUGAAGAUGUGCCAAAGAUGGUAAAAGAUUUUAAAAUCUUUUGUAUAAAGACAAAUGGAUGCUUUCACCACAUACAUGUCCAGAGAUCAUUAGCCUGGGGGUGCGGGUGCUGAGAAGCCUUAUUAAGCCAAGUGGAAGAAGGAUGUGGAGCCAGGAAGUCUGGGGAGCUGAUAAAAUUUUAUUCAAAGAAAAGAAAUAACUGAAAAAAAAAAAAAAAAAAGCACAGUUGUUAAUUUAACCUUGACAGAGGGAUACUUCAAUGUUUUUAAUUUUCUUUAUAGGCACAAACUAGAUCAACACGCAGAUACACAAAUACACCUAUCUACCAAAUAUUAAAAAAAGAAUCCACCUGAAUCUGGGUUGUCCAGUUUUAAAUAAUACUCGGACUCAAUCCGUUCUUCAGGUUGUAUCACAGUUGGCUGGGGUUUGUGGCUAGCAAAGAAUGGGCAUCAUUUAGAAAUCAAAUUGAAAUAGACAAUUACAGGUUAUCACACAGGAGUAUUACUGAUGAUUCUCAAAUUGUCACUGUAGCAGUGGAAACAACUUUGGUCUCCAACAGCUUUUCUGACCUUGGGAAAGACUCCUAUUUCAUAGCUUCUAGAAUAAUUUACAGACUUUGAGCUUUUAACCCAAACUUUUCUUCCUGACAAGAUUAAUGAUUUAGCUGGCGCCGUGGCUCAACAGGCUAAUCCUCCGCCUAGCGGUGCCGGCACACCCGGUUCUAGUACCAGUUGCCCCUCUUCCUGUACAGCUCUCUGCUAUGGCCGGGAGUGUAAUGGAGGAUGGCCCAAGUGCUUGGGCCCUGCACCCCAUGGAAGACCAGGAUAAGCACCUGGCUCCUGGCUUUGGAUCAGCGCAAUGCGCCGGCUGCAGCGGCCAUUGGAGGGUGAACCAAUGGCAAAGGAAGACCUUUCUCUGUCUCUCUCACUGUCCACUCUGUCAGAAAUAAAAAAAACGAAAACAAAACAAACAAAACAUUAAUGAUUUAAAAUCUUGGAGCUGCCAGUUUAUUUCUCUUAAAGAAAACAACUUUUGAUGGCAUUUAUGAAUAUCCUUAGGGAGAUUUAAAGAUGCAUGUGGGAUGAGGCGGGACUUUUGACUUAAAGUAGUAUUUUAUUUGGGGAGCAAUUUUAAUUUUAGUUUCUGUUGUUUCCCAGACUACCCUUAAAAGUG